AGGCUAUUAUAUUGACUGAAGAUGAGGUCGUGAGCCCUCUUGCAAUACUAAAAUAUAAGGGUCUUCACGCUGAUACCUUGUUACAAGCAUCAACUUUUACCGUGAAAAAAAGAUUAAAAAAUGCCUUCGCACGCACUUGUUGCAUUUCUUGUCCUGUUGCUUGCUUCCAAAAAUGCUUGGGCAAGCUGCUUUGCGGGUGGGCUAUCUCUCGAAGAAUUGGACGAAGCAGACGCACUGCGCGCAAGCCUCGGAAGCCUUACGCUACAACAAGUACUACAAGAAGGGGAGCAAGAAGUACGACCACAGGGGGCGGCUGCAUGGGAGCGGCUGACGACACACAGUUCGUCAACACAUGUAGCCCAUUCCGGAUGGACAACCGUGCAGGAACGUUUACUAAAUCCAGAGCAAGAGAUUAUACCUACUUGGGCUGGAGCACCGCCUGUAGGCUUCCUUACUGUUACGGGAGAAUCUUCUGAAGUAGUUGUAGGCUCGAUUACUAUAAUUUUUAGAUAUGAAGCAGGUCUACUGUAGUCUUUCUAUGAUGCGUAGUCUAGUCAUUGAUUGUGCCGGGUUCGUACUUUCAAUACCCACCGGCGACCAUACCAAAAUAGAAAAACUAUGUACUUAUUUGCUUUCAGGUCAGGUCAAUACUCUCGGGGCUCUCUAACUCUAAGAACCCAACUAGCGGCGAAUCAAUUAGCGGUAAGCGACCGCCUUGGGCCUCAAGCGGGGAUAAGUCAGAAGACGAAGCGGACCAAAAAAAAAAAAAUCUAAAAAGCAGAUCUUGUGCUUCAAGAUCGCCUGAUGAAGAAGUGGAAAAAACAUCAAGAGGCCACUUCUACUCCUCACAGAAAGUAAAUGUUACUUCUGCUCCUCAGCUAGUAGACUUCGAAGACCACGUCGUCCACAAGGACUAUAGGAGCGAACAAAACCAUGACCACAUCCCUUCCACGACCCCCGUUGGUGCGGUGUUGUCUGGUACUCGUCUGGGCCGACAGCGUGAAGAUUUGUCCACCUCAGUUGGCGCUUCCCCAAAACUCUUUUUUCCUAAACCAGUGUCAGAGCGUCGUACUAGCAGAAGCCCUUCCCCUACUUUGACGGAAAAAGAAAUGGGUAAUAAGGUGUUGUUGUUGUCGUCUCAGCAUCAUCGUCAUCCAGGUGGCGGAGCACUGCAAGAAGGAUCAUCUCCUGCGCAAGAAAAAAGAAACUUCUUGGACGAGAGCGCAGUUCCAACAGGACUAGGAUCUUUGCGAAGAUCAUGCGGAAAAAGGUGGGCAAAAGGGGCCUUCUGCGGGAAGAGGAAGAAUAAGUUGUUGUAAGAAUAAUGAUAACUACAUGUUGGAAAGUAGUGAGAUGAAGGAGGG